UUAAAAUUAUUUAAUCGUAGCUGAUAUCAUGAAUAUGUAGACAUUUUAUACAUGUCUCUUUUAAUAAUGCUUCCGCGUUUAAUUUGAUUUUUGAUGAAAUUUCGCGUUCCAACGGCGAAUAUCAUACGGUUAUUAAUAACCCAGACUGAAUAAUAAAUUGCAGAACGAGAAAAAGAUUGAAAAUAUUAUCAUGUUUUUAAUUCUGCUAAUUCCCUACUUUCUGUACAAUUUUUUAUAAUUUAUUAAAAUUCAACGAAUUGCUUUUAAAAUCUUCACGAGGUAAACUGAUUUCGCAGUUUCGUAAUUUAUCAUUCAUAAUAAAAUAUUCAAUCAUAGGAAAAUAAAGAUGUUCGAAAAAUAUAAUACUAUUUAAAAUUGUCAAAGAAUUUUGUAAAAGCAAAUUCAAGUGAAUUCCAAAGUCGAAGUUUUCUACGUCUAAAAUUAUUCCACUGAUAAAUUCGCAAAAAUAUUUUGCGCCGCUUGACCAAUCAAUCGUCCGGCAUCGGUCGAUCUCCGAUACGAAGGGGUGAACAACCUUUUUUAUCAGAUAACCGUCUGACGGAAUUAAUUCAUUUUUGUCGCUUCCACAAAUUGAAAAUUAAAGUCGAUACCGUUUUACAAAGGCGCUUUAUCUAUCGAAGUACAUCUUGAAAAAUGCCCGUUAUCCGAACAUCUAAGAUUAAGCCCCUUAUCCAGAAGCUCCUGCAGAUAUAUAAGGUCUCUCUCCUUUUGUUUUCGUAUAUACCAGUGUUCGCAAACGGUCGUUCAUAUUUAGCGAUCGUUACAUUUGUUUUAAAAAUCGUAUCCAACAAUGGUUUUCGAACUGAGCGCGUUCUGGAUGUUGGUGAUCAUUUUGAUCGCCCUGUUCCUCGCAAAAUUGUUCUCAUCCUUCUACCGAGAGUCCACCUACUGGAAGAGGAAUGGGGCACCAUACGUAAAGUCGACAAUGGUGCUGGUUAAAGCCUGGAAAGUUCUACUGGGUUUCGCUGGAUUUCACAAGUACAGUCAGUUUCUGUACAACGACAACCAAAAAGUGAGGUACAUCGGCAUGAUGGACUCCGGCCGACCCACCAUAAUCCUGCGCGAUCCGGAGCUGAUCAAGCAGGUGACCGUGAAGUCUUUCGACCACUUCCCUGAUCAUCGAAGCUUCCUCACCGAGGAGAUGGACCCCAUUUUCGGGAAGAACGUGUUCUCCCUCAGAGGCGACCGCUGGAGGGAGAUGAGGAACACCCUGAGUCCAUCCUUCACCGCCAGCAAGAUGAAGUUCAUGUUCGGUUUGGUGUCCAAGUGCUGCGAGGGAUUCGUCGAUUAUCUCUACGAUCAUCCGGAGUUAGCCUCCUGCUUGGAGGCUAAAGACGCGUUCACCAGGUACACCAACGACGUGAUAGCGACCGUGGCCUUCGGGAUAGACGUGAACUCCCUGAAGCACCGUGACAACGAGUUCUACCUGAGGGGAGCCGACGCGACCCAGUUCAGCGGCGUGUGGCGUAUGUUGAAGUUCGUGGCCUUCCACCUGUUCCCGCGCGCGAUGAGAAUGGUGGGAUUCAAGUUCCUGUCUCGCUCGACGACCACGUUUUUCUGUAAAACCAUCACUGAGACGAUCAAAGCGCGCGACGAGCGGGGUAUCGUCAGACCGGACAUGAUCCACCUUCUGAUGCAGGCUAGGGACGAAGGUAAACGCGAGAUAACGGACGACGACAUCGUCGCGCAGGCUUUCAUCUUCUUUUUGGCGGGUUUCGAAACGGUGUCUGUACUCAUGUGUUUCGCGAUCUACGAGCUGGCGCUGCAUCCGGAGGUUCAGGAGAGGCUGCGAGAGGAGGUGGAGAGUCAUUUGGAGGACGGAGAGAUUUCGUACGAGUCCCUGCUGAAGAUGAAGUACAUGGACAUGGUGAUCUCCGAGACGCUCAGACGUUAUCCUCCUGUGUUCAUGAUCGACAGAAUCUGCGAGAAGGAGUUCGAUCUGCCUCCAGCUGCGGAGGGCUACAACAGCGUGACUGUACAGCCAGAUAACAACGUGAUGAUCCCGGUUUAUGGACUGCAUAUGGACCCCCAAUAUUUUCCUGAUCCCGAGAAGUUCGAUCCGGAGCGGUUCAACGACGAGAACAAAAACAGCGUUAAUCCUUAUGUGUAUAUUCCUUUUGGUAUGGGACCUCGACAGUGUAUUGGUAAUCGGUUCGCGUUGAUGGAGACGAAAAUUUUGAUAGUUCAUUUGUUGAGGAAGUUUGUGAUAAAACCUAAUGAAAAGACGAUGAUUCCGAUGGUGUUCAAGAACGCUAGCUUCUCGUUGAUUCCGAAAGACGGGUUCUGGAUUAGUUUGGAGAAGAGAGCUUAGGCUUUUGUAUUGUUAGGAAAAAUAAAUAAUGGGGUUUUGGAUUCGAAUAGAAUUGAGAGGAAAUUUUUAGUUAGAUGCUUUGAUGUUUUAUUUUUGUAUUCUGUAUGCAUUCCUUUCACGAAACAUGAUUAUUAUAAAAUUGUUAACUAGUUUUAAAUCGAGCAAUAAAGUAAAUUACAUGACACCCUG